AUGGCGGUGCACGCACGCGCCAAGCGCGCCGGGGCCCUGAUCUCCGUGGCCUUUAUGUAUCCCCAUAAUGUGAUAAACACCGGCGUAAUCCCGCCGGCUGUCCACCUGCCAGCUCGCUUCAUGUCACCUUCAGCGCAGGGCUGCACAAGCCGCUCCUGCCGAGCUCAUGCUCACAAACUUUGGGGCGGCUUCCCUGGGAAAAAGGGGCUCCAAGGGCUCGCGGCCCUCGGUGGCGCUGCAGCGAGGCUGAACAACUGGCCCCCGCUGCCCUCCUUCUGCCCCGUGAAGCCUUGCUUCUACCAGGACAUCCCGGUGGAGAUCCCUGCUGACUUCCAGAAGACCGUUUCCACCAUGUACUACCUCUGGAUGGCCAGCACCAUUGCUCUCUUCCUGAACUUCUUGUCCUCGCUGGCCUGGUUCUGUGUGGAUCCCUCGUCCGGUUCUGGGUUCGGCCUCUCUAUUCUCUGGGCUCUCCUCUACACGCCGUGCUCCUUUGUCUGCUGGUAUAGGCCGAUGUACAAAGCUUUCAGGAGUGACAGUUCGUUCAACUUCUUUGUCUUCUUCUUCGUCUUCUUUGCCCAGAACGUGAUGUACGUGCUGCAGGCGAUCGGCAUCCCAAACUGGGGAUUCAGUGGCUGGAUAUUGAGCCUGAUAGCGCUGCGGAAGAACACAGCCGUGGCUGUGAUGAUGAUCCUGGUGUCCUUGUUCUUCACAGCGGUGGCCGUGUUGGGCAUCAUUAUGCUGAAAAAGAUCCACUCUCUGUACCGCCGGACGGGCGCCAGCUUCCAGAAAGCACAGGAGGAGUUUGCCGCAGGGGUCUUCUCCAACCAGGCGGUGCGCACCGCGGCGGCCAAUGCUGCUGCUGCUGCUGCCACCAAUGCCUUCCGGGCGCCCUAGCCAGGCGGGGGCCCCGGCUUCUCAUCGCACGUGGGCUCUUCCAAAGGAAGAGGAAAUCCAAGUUGCACUUUCACUGGAUCCCCGUGUGUGUGCAUCAGCUGUCAGAGGCUGCCUCAUCCCAGCUUGGAAGUGCUGGUGCCUGAAUUGUCUGCUGCUCUAACCCCUUUCCUUACGGAUGGAGGCUGUUCCGGUUUGUGCUGGUCCCCUUCCCUCAGUGGACUGGGGAAGGAGCGGGAUGGGAGGUGCUGUGGCCAAGUCCUGCGCCUGUCAUUGCCCUCCCUUCCAGCACCAGGAGCCUCCUCCAGGCAUGUGAUGGGGACUGAAGUGGCUGCUCCCCUUCCCUCUGUUGGCCAGGGCUCUCCCAUUUCCCCGCCUGGUGAUGCCACGUGUGUGCCCUGGGGCACGGAGGGUUCCCCGUGUGCCCAGUCCCAGGGCGUGCAGGGGCCGGCUCUUCCCUGGAGGCUUUUGUUUGCCUUCCCUUUGACGUAGGACCCCAGUCUCUGCUAAGAAGAUCAAAGAAAAUUGUCACCAUCUUCCCCCAGGGGCUUGCUUCGUUGGGGUGGGGCUGGCUCUGUCCCCAGGGUGCUGAGCUUGGAGGCUGCCCUGCUCCACUCCCUUUCCCUGUCCUCCCCCUCCAGGAGCAGGGAUAAGGAGAGUGGGGCCGGGAAGGCAGCGGGGGGGGUGUGCUGCUGCUGGGGCAGCCUUUCAGUACCCCCUUAGCUCCCCCCUUGCCUCCAGCACAGGGGUGAACGGCUUCUCCCUU